UCAAGCUUCUGACUGCACCCCCACACCUUUCUUUCUCAUUUAAUUAAUUCUUCUGCUAAAAUUCUCAUAAAUUAUAUAUAAUUGCAUUUAAUUUUAGUCACAAAUCCACAUCUUCAAAAUGACGCGGAUUUUGACAGCUUGCAAAGUGGUGAAGACCCUGAAGAACGGUUUUGGCUUAACCAAUGUGACUGCAAACCAUCAAUGGAAAUUUUCAAAACCUGGCAUCAGGCUUCUUUCUGUCAAGGCACAGACAGCACACAUUGUCCUGGAAGAUGGAACUAAGAUGAAAGGGUAUUCCUUUGGCCAUCCAUCCUCUGUUGCUGGUGAAGUGGUAUUUAAUACUGGCUUGGGAGGGUACCCAGAAGCGAUAACUGACCCUGCCUACAAGGGACAGAUUCUCACCAUGGCCAAUCCUAUUAUUGGAAAUGGCGGAGGCCCUGACACUACAGCCCGGGAUGAAUUUGGACUGAACAAAAACAUGGAGUCUGAUGGAAUUAAGGUUGCUGGUUUGCUGGUGCUGAAUUAUAGUACUGACUAUAACCACUGGGGGGCCACCAAGAGCCUGGGACAGUGGCUACAGGAAGAAAAGGUUCCUGCAAUUUAUGGUGUGGAUACAAGAAUGCUGACUAAAAUCAUAAGGGAUAAGGGUACCAUGCUUGGGAAAAUUGAAUUUGAUGGUCAAUCUGUGGACUUUGUGGAUCCCAACAAGCAGAAUUUGAUUGCUGAGGUUUCAACCAAGGAUGUCAAGGUAUUUGGCAAAGGAAAUCGUACCAAAGUGGUAGCUGUAGACUGUGGGAUUAAAAACAAUGUAAUCCGACUUCUAGUAAAGCGAGGAGCUGAAGUGCAUUUAGUUCCCUGGAAUCAUGAUUUUACCAAGAUGGAGUAUGAUGGUCUUGUAAUUGCAGGAGGACCUGGAGACCCAACUCUUGCACAACCACUAAUUCAAAAUGUCAAAAAGGUUUUAGAGAGUCGCACAGAACCAUUGUUUGGAAUCAGUACAGGAAAUUUAAUAACAGGAUUGGCAGCUGGAGCCAAAACUUACAAGAUGCCUAUGGCCAACAGAGGACAGAACCAGCCUGUUCUGAAUGUCACAAACAGACAGGCUUUCAUUACUGCUCAGAAUCAUGGCUAUGCCUUGGACAACACCCUCCCUGCUGGCUGGAAACCACUUUUUGUGAAUGUCAAUGAUCAAACAAAUGAGGGGAUUAUGCAUGAGAGCAAACCUUUCUUUGGCGUACAGUUCCACCCCGAGGUCAGCCCAGGGCCCACAGACACUGAGUACCUCUUUGAUUCCUUUUUCUCACUGAUAAAGAAGGGGAAAGGUACGACUGUUACAUCAGUUCUGCCAAAGCCAGCUCUUGUUGCAUCUCGAAUUGAGGUUUCCAAAGUCCUUAUCCUGGGAUCAGGAGGUCUGUCCAUUGGUCAGGCAGGUGAAUUUGAUUAUUCGGGAUCUCAAGCUGUAAAAGCCAUGAAGGAAGAAAAUGUCAAAACUGUCCUGAUGAACCCGAACAUUGCAUCAGUGCAGACCAACGAGGUGGGCUUAAAGCAAGCAGAUGCCGUCUAUUUUCUCCCCAUCACGCCUCAGUUUGUCACAGAAGUCAUCAAGGCAGAACGACCAGAUGGGCUAAUUCUCGGUAUGGGUGGCCAGACAGCUCUGAACUGUGGAGUGGAAUUAUUCAAGAGAGGUGUGCUCAAGGAAUAUGGUGUGAAAGUUUUGGGGACUUCAGUUGAAUCCAUUAUGGCCACGGAAGACAGACAACUGUUCUCAGACAAACUCAAUGAGAUUAAUGAAAAGAUUGCUCCUAGCUUUGCAGUGGAAACAAUUGAGGAUGCUUUGAAGGCUGCAGACACCAUUGGCUACCCAGUGAUGAUCCGUUCUGCUUAUGCCCUCGGUGGACUGGGUUCAGGCAUUUGCCCAAAUAAGGAGACCUUAGUGGACAUGAGCACAAAAGCCUUUGCAAUGACCAACCAGGUCCUGGUGGAAAAAUCAGUGACAGGGUGGAAAGAAAUUGAAUACGAAGUGGUCCGAGAUGCUGAUGACAAUUGUGUCACUGUUUGUAACAUGGAAAAUGUUGAUGCCAUGGGUGUUCACACAGGUGAUUCAGUUGUCGUCGCUCCUGCCCAGACACUCUCCAAUGCAGAGUUUCAGAUGUUGAGACGGACUUCGGUCAAUGUUGUUCGCCAUUUGGGCAUCGUGGGUGAAUGCAACAUUCAAUUUGCUCUUCAUCCGACCAACAUGGACUACUGCAUCAUUGAAGUGAAUGCCAGACUGUCCAGAAGUUCUGCCCUGGCCUCAAAAGCCACUGGCUACCCAUUAGCGUUCAUUGCUGCAAAGAUUGCCCUGGGAAUUCCACUGCCAGAAAUCAAAAACGUUGUAUCAGGGAAGACAUCUGCCUGCUUUGAACCAAGCUUGGACUACAUGGUCACCAAAAUUCCUCGUUGGGAUCUUGAUCGCUUUCAUGGAACAUCCACUCGAAUUGGUAGCUCCAUGAAAAGUGUAGGAGAGGUCAUGGCUAUUGGCAGAACCUUUGAGGAAAGUUUCCAGAAGGCUCUACGGAUGUGCCACCCAUCUAUUGAUGGUUUCACUUCUCGUCUGCCAAUGAACAAGGAUUGGGCAUCCAACCUGGAUCUCAAAAAAGAGCUGUCUGACCCAUCUAGCACUCGCAUCUAUGCUCUAGCCAAGGCCUUGGAAGAAAAUAUGCCCAUUGAUGAGAUUGCAAAGCUCUCGUCCAUUGACAAGUGGUUUUUGUACAAGAUGCGUGACAUUAUAAACAUGGAAAAGACACUGAAAGGACUCAACAGUGGGUCCAUUUCAGAAGAAGUCUUGAGGAAGGCAAAGCAGAUUGGAUUCUCAGAUAAACAAAUUUCAAAAUGCAUGGGAGUGACUGAGGCCCAGACAAGGGAGCUGAGGUUAAAGAAAAACAUCCACCCUUGGGUGAAGCAGAUUGAUACACUGGCUGCAGAAUACCCAUCAGUAACAAACUACCUCUAUGUUACCUAUAAUGGCCAGGAGCAUGAUAUCAAGUUUGAUGACCAUGGGCUGAUGGUACUGGGCUGUGGUCCCUAUCACAUUGGUAGCAGCGUGGAAUUUGAUUGGUGUGCUGUCUCCAGUAUCCGAACACUGAGUCAACUUGGCAAGAAGACAGUGGUGGUGAAUUGCAACCCUGAGACUGUGAGCACAGACUUUGACGAAUGUGACAAAUUGUACUUUGAAGAGUUGUCUUUGGAGAGAAUUCUAGAUAUCUACCAUCAGGAGGCAUGCAAUGGCUGCAUCAUUUCAGUUGGGGGCCAGAUUCCUAACAACCUGGCAGUCCCUCUGCACAAGAAUGGAGUCAAGAUCUUGGGCACAAGCCCGAUGCAGAUCGAUAGGGCUGAGGAUCGUUCCAUCUUCUCAGCCAUCUUGGAUGAGCUGAAGGUGGAUCAGGCACCAUGGAAAGCCGUUAAUACUUUGAAUGAGGCACUGGAUUUUGCAAAGUCUGUGGGCUACCCAUGCUUGUUGAGACCUUCCUAUGUUUUGAGUGGAUCUGCCAUGAAUGUGGUGUACUCUGAGGAUGAGAUGAAAAAAUUCCUAGAGGAGGCCACCAGAGUGUCUCAGGAACACCCAGUGGUGCUGACGAAGUUUGUUGAGGGUGCAAGGGAAGUAGAAAUGGACGCUGUCGGCAAAGAAGGAAGAGUUAUUUCUCAUGCCAUCUCUGAGCACGUGGAAGACGCAGGUGUCCACUCCGGAGAUGCUACUCUGAUGCUGCCCACACAAACCAUCAGCCAAGGAGCCAUCGAAAAGGUGAAGGAUGCUACCCGGAAGAUUGCAAAGGCUUUUGCCAUCUCUGGUCCAUUUAAUGUCCAGUUUCUUGUCCGAGGAAAUGAAGUCUUGGUGAUUGAGUGCAACUUGAGAGCUUCUCGGUCCUUCCCAUUUGUUUCCAAAACUCUUGGGGUAGACUUCAUCAAUGUGGCCACCAGGGUGAUGAUUGGAGAGCAGAUUGACGAGAAACCCCUUCCAACCUUGGAGCACCCCAUCAUUCCUGCUGACUAUGUGGCAAUUAAGGCCCCAAUGUUUUCUUGGCCCCGAUUGAGGGACGCUGACCCUAUUCUGCGUUGUGAGAUGACUUCCACUGGAGAGGUGGCUUGCUUUGGUGAAGGGAUCCAUUCAGCUUUCCUAAAGGCAAUGCUGUCCACUGGCUUUAAGAUACCCCAGAAAGGCAUCCUGAUUGGAAUCCAGCAAUCAUUCCGUCCAAGAUUCCUUGGUGUGGCAGAACAAUUACACAAUGAAGGGUUCAAGCUCUUUGCCACAGAAGCCACAUCAGACUGGCUUAAUGCCAACAAUGUCCCUGCCACUCCAGUGGCAUGGCCAUCUCAGGAAGGACAGAACCCCAGCCUCUCUUCCAUCCGAAAAUUGAUUAAAGAUGGCAGCAUUGACCUGGUGAUUAACCUCCCUAAUAACAACACCAAGUUUGUCCAUGAUAAUUAUGUGAUUCGGAGGACAGCUGUUGACAGUGGAAUUGCCCUACUCACUAAUUUCCAGGUGACCAAACUUUUUGCUGAAGCUGUGCAGAAAUCUCGCCAUGUGGACUCCAAGAGUCUUUUCCACUACAGGCAGUACAGUGCUGGCAAAGGAGUAUAAAGAAUACAUGUCCCAGCUCCUUUCUUAAAUCAGCUCCAGCCACAUUUUCCUCAAAAGGAACAGAUUUCCAACUUUCUUCCCAGAGAUGAAUAUUGAUACUAAACUUUAUUUCAGUGUACUUAGUUAUGCCAUAAUGGUCUUUUCCUUUGUAAUUAAAUUUUUGAUAGUGACUUUUAACAAAACUUCUGAAAGAGUCCUUUCUAAAUAAAUUGUUCUUCAUAAGACA